AUGUCCACCGACAGGGCCAGCCCUGACCACUUUGGUGCCCUGGGCAAGAUUGAUGACGAGCUCAAGAAGUUCAAAGGUUGGCUCCACUGCAACGCUGAUGAGACCAGAUGUGAUCCCAACAGGGACACUGUCGGAACCUACGGAGGUGAAACUGUGGACAGUGACUGGCAAACUCACCUCUAUGCUGGGCUGAUGGAAAAAGUGUUGGCUGACAUCCCCAGACAGGAGUGUCUGGUUUACCUGGAUGACAUCUUGGUCCAUGGUAACACCUUCAAAGUGGCUUUGGAAGCCUUGCAGCGGGUUCUGCAGAGGAUAGCAGCGGCCGGACUGAAGCUCCACCCCGACCAGUGCUGCUUCAUGAGGAAGGACUUGGAGUUUCUGGGGCACAGGAUUGAAGGAGAGGCUGUACCCCUCUUUCGCCUGCAGCAGAAGGACAAUGAUUUCAUUUGGACAGCAGAUUGUGAGCAGGCCUUCAGCUCUUUGACGAAGGCCUUGACAGAGUCCCCCGUCCUCACCCCCCCAGUCCCUGACUUGCCGUUCGUUCUGGACAACGACGCCAGCGAUGUGGGGAUGGGAGCAGCUCUGCUCAUUGCGAGUCAGACCAAGUGCUCUCAUCAACACAGGGAUUACCUGGAGGACUUCAUGUUGCGUAAGAAUCAAGUCCGUGGCAGCAUGGAGUCAUUCAAUAUGACCUAUAAUGAUGUGGUCUUUCUCUGCAAGUCAGAUAAUGAUGUAUUAUGUGCUUUAUUAUAUGUUUUUCUUACCUCAUUGACUCUUAUCACAGUAUUUGGAAACCUUCUUGUCAUAAUCUCCAUUGCUUACUUCAAACAGCUUCACACUCCUACAAACUACCUCAUCCUCUCUCUGGCUGUGCUUGACCUGCUAAUAGGGGCUGUGUUGUUUCCUUUAAAUAUGACAUACACAUCAUCCACGUGCCUAUAUCACAUCACUUUGCAAUGUUUAAUACGAGGCACCAUUGAUUUUAUGUCAAGCAUAAUUUCCAUUCUGAACCUGUGCUGUAUUGCUGUUGACAGAUAUUAUGCAGUGUGUCAUCCUCUGUUGUACAAAACUAAAAUAACUCUGAAUUCUGCUGUGACAAUGACCCUGGGGUGCUGGGGUUCAUCUGUGUUAGGUGGAUUGCUUUACUUUGGACUGGGGAUAACUAAUGAUUCAUGUGAUGAUCUCUGUUUCAAACUUCUCCUUAUUUUGAGUGCUUUUACAUUUUAUAUUCCAACAGUAGUUUUGCUUUGUAUUUACGCUAAAAUCUUCAUGGUUGCACAGAAACAGGCUCGCAGCAUCCAGAAUGCAGCCUCUCAGCUCGGAGCCACUGACAGGAAGAUGGAGAAUAAGGCCACCAAAACUCUCGCCGUUGUUUUGGGAUUAUAUAUACUAUGCUGGGCUCCUCUUUUAGUUUCUUAUCCCUUGAAUGACUUGAGUCGUUUUGUUCAAAAUCUGAUUGAACCAUUUAACUGGUUUGCUCUGUGUAAUUCAAUGUUCAAUCCCUUUAUUUAUGCUUUCUUUUACAGAUGGUUUCGAUCAGCUAUCAGAAUGAUCAUUUCUGGAAAAAUAUUUCAGGGCAACCUUGCAAAUACAAAACUGCACUGA